AUGAAUGCCAUGUCGCCAACCCGGCGCGUGAGGUGGUCAUCCCUGCACAAGAGAGACCCCAAUUUUGGGAUUGUUCACGCGAACUGUAUCAAGUUUAUCCGGAUCGUCGACGAGCGCCAGCGACAACUGAAGUUACGUCUCGAGAAGCAGCAACAGACGGCGAUCGAUGUGGCGCAAAUGUUUGAGCUUGAGCGUGCCCAGCUAAAAGCAAAGAUUCGACGGUUAAGCCUGGAAAACCAAGCAGUGCUCGACGAGUUUCGUAAAGUUAGAGAACAGGUGGCUAGCUUGCAGCAGCAGCUGGAUGGAGCCAACACCGAUGUGCAGAAUCGUAUCAUCCGCAAAGAGCUCGAGCAGGCCAUACAUUUUACUCUGUCGUCCGUGAUUCAAACAGUGGCUAGAAUCAUCGGCGAAUCUCAGAUCGAGUAG